GCACUGGAGCAGGACCAUCACUCUCGCAGCCACAGGACUCGUGUUGUUCCUUUUCCUUUUUUUUUCCCCCACCACCUCUCUCCAUCACUCCAUCACUCCAAACGGGUCGAUUUAAUUUUUGGGUUUUUUAAAAUUAUUUUAUUACCUUACUUUUUUCCUCUCUUUUUUUUUUUUUCUUUUUUAAUUGAAGCUCGUGCUAAGAUUUAUUUUUUUUUUUUUUUUUGGAAAGAGUUUAAAAAAAAGACAAGGGGGAAAAAGAAGCCAGCAAGAGAAAGUGGCAGCUAAGAAGGACUGUGAAAAAUCAAUCGAUCAAAGCAGAGUUGUACAUUAUUAUUAUUGUUUCUUCUUUCUACAUCUACCUAUCCAUAUAACGCACGCAGAGAGAGAGAGACAAGUACAGGCAGUGAAACUCGACGAGACCAGCCAUGGUAGCAAGGGCUCAGCCUGAUCGGAAACAAUUACCGCUGGUCCUACUGAGAUUGCUUUGCCUUCUCCCUACAGGGCUGCCAGUCCGCAGCGUGGAUUUUACCCGAGGUACCGAUAACAUCACCGUGAGGCAGGGGGACACAGCCAUCCUCAGGUGUUAUGUAGAAGAUAGAAGCUCCAAGGUGGCCUGGUUAAACCGUUCUGGCAUCAUUUUUGCUGGAGAGGACAAGUGGUCCCUGGACCCUCGAGUAGAGCUGGAGAAGAGAAACCCCCUGGAAUACAGCCUGCGGAUUCAGAAAGUGGAUGUCUAUGAUGAGGGGUCCUAUACAUGUUCAGUGCAGACACAGCAUCACCCCAAGACUUCCCAGGUUUACUUGAUCGUGCAAGUUCCACCAAAGAUCUCCAAUAUCUCCUCAGACAUCACCGUGAAUGAAGGCAGCAACGUGACCCUGGUUUGCAUGGCAAAUGGGCGUCCUGAGCCUGUCAUCACCUGGAGGCACCUCACCCCAACAGGCAGAGAGUUUGAAGGCGAGGAAGAAUAUCUGGAGAUUCUAGGGAUCACACGAGAGCAAUCGGGCAAGUACGAAUGCAAAGCUGCCAACGAGGUUGCUUCAGCAGAUGUCAAGCAAGUCCGGGUCACUGUGAACUACCCUCCCACCAUCACAGAGUCCAAGAGCAAUGAAGCGGCCACGGGACGACAAGCCUUACUCCGGUGUGAGGCAUCAGCAGUGCCGACGCCUGAUUUUGAGUGGUACAGAGAUGAUACCAGGAUAAAUAGUGCCAAUGGUCUGGAGAUAAAGAGCAUGGGGACCCAGUCUCUGCUGAUGGUGGCUAACGUCACUGAGGAACACUAUGGGAACUACACCUGUGUGGCUGCCAACAAGCUGGGAGUCACAAAUGCCAGCCUAUACCUUUACAAACGAGUUUUACCCACACUCCCCAAUCCUUUUCCAGGACCCGGCACAGGGAGAGUAGACAACGGCUCCAUGAGUUUGGCCGUCCCACUGUGGCUGCUGGCAGCAUCCCUGCUCUGCCUACUCAGCAAAUGUUAAUACAAAUCAGAAUUAAAAGUAAUAAUAAUAAUAAUAAUUAAAAAAAAACAACACAACAACAACACACAAAACAAAACGCGUUAUACAGGAGACAGAGCGAAGAGAGGGGAGAGAGAAAAAAGGGUGGAGGGAGAGAGAGAGAGGACUGUUUCUUUCACAACUUUUGUGUGUUCAGGAGCAAAGAGGGGGGAGAAGAAAAAUUACAUCAAAGAAGACUAAGCAACAUUUAAUCUGAAAACUGACAAGCCGGCUGUAGAAUCACCAACUGUCUAGGAGGCAAUACGAACGAAGUGAGGGAGAGAACGGGGCACCAGCAAGGAUUAUGUUGCCGGAGGAUGCUGCAGUGUAAACAAUACAACAAUACCCACAAAGCCAAUUGAACAGAAGAUCUCUUUUCUUUUCUCUCCUCCUUCCUCUUUUCCAUACUCCCUCACCUUCCUUCCUCCUCUUUCUUUCUUUUGUAGAAAGAGGUCUUUGCUUCAAUGUCUAUAGCCACUUAACUUUUUGGAUGCCCUGGGUAAUUUUUGUGAGCUGAUGCUCAGCCAGUUCAUACUUUAGAAAACAAAAACAAAAAAAAAUGCAAAGGAAGAAAAGGAAAAAAAAAAAGCCACAAACCAGAACAAGUCACUUGAAGCUCUCUGCAUACUGGUGUCCUUGGAAGAACCCCUUCCUCUCUUCACCCUGCACUCCUGUGCACCCAGACCUUGCUAAAGACCUUUCCUGCCUCCUCCUUCAUAAAACAUUGCACUCGCUUCCCUGAACUAAAGCCGUGUCAGCUAUUGAAAACAUUAUUUUCUUUUCUUCCCUUUUUUUUAAUCCUCUUCCUCUCCCUCCUCAAUUUGACCAAAUGUCUUUCUCUUUCUCCCGUCUAUGCCUGUGUGCGUGCGUGCAUGCAUGUACGUGUGGCUCUUGCUCCGUCUUCUCUCUCUUUCUCUUGCUCUCUCUAAGCAUGCAAAAGGAAUGGUCCAUGUGUACAUAUGCUCAUCCUGCUGUAGAUAAUGUCCUGCCUUGUAAGUGUGAGACAAGAUGCUGAGAGAUCACUCAGGCAGAGAAGAGAGGUGAGGAGAGAGGGGCAGCUGCAACACAGGUUCCUAUGGUGUUCCCUCUCCAGUGCCCUCACUGGCUUUUUUGACUCCCGGCCACCUUGCUUGCAAGAGUCAGUCUGCACCCUUCUUUAGCCUUUUUGUUCUUUUUUUUUCUCACCCACCUGCAACGUGUCUGGCUCUCAUCCUCCAAGUACAAGCAUAGAAACCCUUGGUACGCAUGAGUGCUUGUACACGCACAUGGGAGUGUGCAUUUGUCCAAAUAAGCAGAAGAAACCAGGACUGUUCUUCAGCACUACGAAAUGCAGAAGGCGGCCACUCACUCCUCCUGGGAGGGGAAGCUGGGCGGGUGAGAUGUGAGCGAUGAGAUCUUGGACAUUACAGAGGAGCCAUUCCUGUUGGUGUAGUAUAUGCAUAGGAACAACGCCUCGACAUGAAAACCACAAGCUGGUCAUUCCUAACUGUUUUGGUGGUCAUGUAAAAACACAACCAAUACUCUUUUUUGCUGUUAUUCUUACUGUCCUACCUGUUAUAAAAGGAAACUUAUGAUAUGUAAGGGUGAGAGAGCAUGUGUGUGCGCACGCACCUGUGUGUAUUGUACACCACUGCUACUACAAAGCUCACUUUGCAAAUUCCACCUUUGAAACAAAUUGGGUCAGAAAAUGUCCAGGAUCUGUGAAUGUAAGAGGAAGAAUUUCAGGUCCAAAAUCCUGGGCUUAUAAAGAAGGAGCUUAAAGUGUUGCAGCAAAGAAGCAGGCAGCAUGAUUGCCAUUGCUCUUUUAUCAUCUGGAGGGUGUUGGUCUUGCUGGAGAAGGCUAUUGCUUGCCAGCCAUCACCCUUGCCAUAGCAGAAGUGCAUACAGAGGUACCAACAGGAGGAACUGAUGCUCGAGUGGGUGCUGAGCAAGGAGAAGGAGAGAACAGGCAAUGAGAAACAGCACUGAGAAAACGCAGCAUGGUGGCUGGAAAUUGCUACGCCAGCAACAGGUCUGCUGCAGGAUUCAGGGUGAACAGUGAGAGAAAGGAAGCCAACAGUCAUAUGCUCUGGCAGCUGCAGUGCAUGUGUGCCGGCAGGGGCAAUGGGGAGAAGACUCCUGUGUUUCCUGUCCUGUCACAAGCCCUAGCAUUCACAGUAGCAAAGAUGUUAAAACACAGGAUUUAUCAGGUAGCCACUUAGUUUGGGGGGAAAGGGAUGUAAAGGGAGGAACUUGAGUUAGCCCACAGGAGUCUAGUGAGCAUCCCGCAACUGUAGUGUUUUACAGGUGCUUGGUGUCACUGAGCUGAUAAACACCAGCAAACUCACCUUUUUUGUCUUUGCCCUGUGGAUUAGUGCAGUAGCAGCACGCUUGGCAGUCAUGCUCGCAUGGUCUUGAAGGCAAAGGGGAAACAGCUUGGGCUUGCAGCCCUGUGGCAUGCAGGAAAGGAUGCCCACCAAGUGGUCUCUUACUAGGGAGGAAAGUGGGAAUUGCUGCUUGUGAGCCCAUCACGAUCUGUGCAUGUCUGGGGCACGCUCCACCAAGGCCUCUGCUUGCUGCUCAGUGCGGUGCUUUCACCUUGCACUGCGGCACUGCUGGCGCCUGCCUCCUCUCUGCUGAGCUCAGCUCUUUCAGGCAGCAGGAGGCAGGCAAUUAAGCAGGCAGUCAAGGGCUCCUCUCAGGCAGUCAGAAUGAGUGAGGAAAUAUUAGUGAGACACGAGAGGCUGAGUUUGAGUGAUGUCAGACUUGCUAUAGAUCUGCUGUGGAUUUGGACGGUGGUAAAUUAUGUUCCCCACACUCCUCCAAACCCCAAAGCCAUACCUGGGAGUGUUUGUACCCUAUUGCAAGAGGAGUGAGCUGGGCAAUUGGCUCUUGAAAUUUGCCCCAGGCAUUCAGGGAUACACACCCUCUCACUUCUGAGACUGGGUGGUCGUUGCUGGGAUUUGUGCAUCUCCUUUGGAGACUGGCAUGCUGCAGCCCAAGGAAAAUAUGCCCUAUAUCCUUCAGAGCAUUCAAGCACCCCAGUCCUCGUGCCAUUUCCAUCAGGAAAGUCAUGCCAUUUGGUGUCUUUGUGACAACUUUGGAUUUCCUGCUGCAACAGGCAACACCCACCCUGGUGAGCUGCUGCUGGUCCCAGAAGCCGGGACUGGGAGCUGUACCCUCUCCAGCACACUGGCACAACAGAAUGCACUUUAUCACUGGCAUUUCUUAUUCUUGAGGCUGUGCCUGUGUCUGGGUUUGUUGUCAAGGCUUGUUAUGAGGAGGUGGGCAGCCAGCAGUGACUUGAGGCUGUUCCUCAGGGCUGAGUCAAGACCAUCGUUUCCUUUAGGUUGAAGCCUCUGUUUGAUGUCAUCCUGGCUACUGUUGUAAGGUCUGUCCCACGUGUUGUCCUCUGCACAUGUUGCUAGUGCUGUGGGGUCACUCCUAGGCAUGGGGUUCACACACAUCAGAGCCUUUUGGUGUGAUUGUGGUCACAAGUCCCAGCACCUCGUUGUCUCACAUCUUUUUUGGUUUGAAGGAGCUUUGAGGGGAUUUUUUUUCAGAUGCAUGGAGGCUUAUGGUAAAUAAGAGAAAUAUAUUGCUGAAAACAAGACAGCCUUUUUUUUUUUUUUUCCAAGCCCUCUGCCUAUUAGCCAGAGGAAACAGCUACAACCCUGGCUGGUGGCUGGGAUCUGUUCUUGCCUGCAGAACCUGGGCAGAUCUAUGCCUCCAUCAUGUGGGUGUGACAUGGGGUUAAAAUCUGCAGACCUGUCUGAGAAAAGCCACAAACACCAAGUGUGCCUGUUAUCUGCAGCAGUGUUGGGAGCCCCACUGGGGCUGAGAGCAAUGUCCAUUCAUAGCAGGGCUGUGGGAGCUGUGAGUAAGCUGAAGCUUGAUUUACCCCAAGAAACUAAUCUUGCGAACUGCUGUACGUGUCAUGGGAUGCUGUGAACAUGCCCCUGUGUCUCCUGAUCUUGAGCAGGGAUAGCUCAAAGCAGUUGUUGAAAUGAGAGCCCAGAUGAACAUAGGAAACACAGGAAAAGUCGAAAACUUUCCACCAUUCUCUUACUCCCCUUCCCCCUUUAACAGAGACGUUGCAAAGGGUUUUCUCAUGUCUCAGGCCCUUUUCUCUGAAGCUGUUUCUCUUCCUCAUCUCUAUUCCAUGUUCAUGUUUCUAUCUUCCUCAUCCCUUUUCAAAAAGCUAUGCUCUUGCUUCCUUCUGCCUCUCAGCUGGUUGGGGACUGGGGAAGAUGGGAGUUUGGAAUGGGACACCAGUUCCUUGAGCUUGUCAGUGUAAUUGUGUUUUAUUGAUGGAGAUUUAACAUUUAGUGUUAUAAAAAGAAAAGAACAAAAUGAAAAAAAAAGGAAAAAAAGAAUUGUAUUUCUUCUACUGGUUUGUAAAUAUUACAAGAGUUACAUGAGAUGUCUGGUAAUGUCCAAGCAGAGGAACAAGAAACUUAGAUUUAAUCUAUGGCCCCAUACUUGCUAGCAGAUUUCUAACCCUUUUCAGAUGACCGAGAGGAGGGGUGAAGGCAAGUCUUUCUGAAAGGAACUGGACAGGGGAAACGCAGCCACCCUGGGCCACAUGAGCUCCAUGCAUGACUGUAGCAUGCUGCUUGGAGCGUGUGUCUUGUUAGAUGGAAAAUGAAGCAGAUGUCUGUCUCUGAACGGCUGGGAAGGGCGACACUGGGACACUCAAGCCGACACCUGUAUCUUGGCAGUUGUGAUCAUUUUUGUUUGUUUGCAGCCCCACAGCUUGCGGGUGUGUUGCUCAGUGAUGCACUCCCCUCCUCCCCCCUUCCCACUUUCUUCACCAGUGAAGUUGUGUCACCCCAUGCUAGCACCAAGUGCAUGUUAAUGUGCCAUUCAUGAAGAUUUCAUUGGUGACAUGCAUUGUGUCGAGAGUUGAGUCUUUGCACACCUUUCUCACACCACUCACUGUUCAACACUUGGGCAGAUCUCUUGUGUAAUGCUACUUGCCCCACGUUUGGUCAAACUAUAUCCAAGCCCCACCAGCUCUUCUUAGCUCCAGGUGCAUCCAGACCAUGCCCCCGAGCCAUCUGUCUGAGUAAAUCGAUUUUGAAAGUCCAAGUUCACAGCAUGGACAAUGUUCCUGUCAAUAGCCACAUAGUCUCCUGAAUGAGUGGAAGCUGCACAUCUGGAAGGAAUUUGGGAGAGCAACAGCAAGUCCUGGUGAUUCAAGUGCAUUUUGGGAAGAGGAUUUUGGAAGACAGAGGAGCUACUUUAGAGUCCUUCACAUCUCCACCACCAGGUGAAUUUUUUAGCUCAAUCUUUGUGCAAUCCUUUACUUCUCCCUGGUGAAGGAAUCUAUGGGCACAGGGAAACAGCUCUUCUCUUUCCAGCCUCUCUCACAGUUCUGCUUCCUCUCUUCCAAGCACACUGACCUGCAGCCUAAAUCAUCAUGGUGCUUGAUGUGAUGUAGCAACUGACACCAAGGAUGGCUAACCAAGACAGUCCUACAGAGGAGAUGCUGGGGGGUGAGCAGUUCUCUCUCUCUCUCUUCUGAUGGUGCACAAUCUCACUGCUUCUCUGAUUUGAGUACACAAAACUUACUGAGCUGGGGAUGCUGAGAGCAAACUGUACCGUGGAUAAAGAAAAACUUGAGGCAGGGAAGUGAUGGAGAAACUGGAUGCUAAUUUCCAAGACGUGAUGCCAGUGGAAGAGGGUAGGGAUGAGUGCUGUCCGUCAUCCAUGCACAGAACUCUCUGGUUCAUCAGUGAGGAGACCGUGGCCUCUCAAUGCUAAUCUUAGGGCCGUCAUCCAUGCACAGAACUCUCUGGUUCAUCAGUGAGGAGACCGUGGCCUCUCAAUGCUAAUCUUAGGGUGGCUUCAUUUCCAGUGAGAUGCCCGGAAGACUAUUUUUUUUUUUAGCUGCAUGACUCCUGCUGACUAAGAGCUGUGUCACACCAUUAAACCUCUUUCUCUUUUCCUUCUUGUAGCUUGCUAGAACAAUGUUCAGGCAGCUGCUACGGCUCCCCUAAAUUCUGCUUGGUGGUUGGCUCCCGUUAGGGCAAUGUGUGGUGUUUUCUUGUUGAUUCAUUCACCAUAACAGAAAAGCAGAAAUCAGCUUGAUAAGGAUAUGUUGGUAUGGUCCUCUGUGUUUCUGUGGCUUAGGGUGUGAGGCAAGGAGACCAGCCAAGGCAGGGCUUGGGAAAAAGCAGCAGAUCUCCUAAGUAGCCCAGACCAGUGGCAAGCAAAGGGUUCUUCACUUGUUGCAGGCUCAGGUUAACUGGUGCCACAGCAACCCAGCCUGCCCUGCAAGCCUUGUAUAAGUGCCCAGGCAGCAGAGAAGGAAGGGGCAGUGCAAGUCAGGAGGAUAUGACUGCAGCACGGGUGGUGGGGCUACAUGCACAGCAGGGCUCGUUAGGCAGCAUGGCUGAGGAAGAGGCAGAGGUGGCAUCCAAGAAGGGCCAUGGCAUCCAAGAAGAGCUAUUCCCAGGUAAAACAGGCCCUUCCUUCCCUGCCUGUGCUUCUGGUGCAUCAGGCGCUCACCACCUGGUCCGCCAGGUCAUGCACACCACGCUGCUAUGGGCCUUGUUGAGCAAUGCAGCAUGAGACCAUGGUAACUCUGGCUGUGCCCCGGGAAUAGGCAUGUGAAUGUUUCUGUACAUAACAUACAGUCCAUGGAUGGAGACAAGGAGCAAAACUACCCAGGAGCCAGCCAGUGAGGAGAGCAUCUCCCCAGUGGGGCUGUCCGUCUCCGAAAUUAUGAUGUUUGCUCCCCAUUUCGGCCACACGCAGACAUACACACACACACCCCUCUGCAACCUCUACCACACACAUACUAGAGUAGUCGUCAUGGCUACCACACAGGCGCUUGCCUUUCCCCUGCCCUCCAUUGCACACACAGCCAGGCACGCACUCCUCCAAUUGCUCCUGGCAGUGGCUCUUUGCCCACGCAGCUACGUGGUGACCUUCUGUGGAAACCAGGAGAAAAUGUGCAUGUGCCUGACCUGUGCAUGCGGGAGCACACGUGUGUGCCAGGAAAGGGAGGAGGAGGCAAAGAGCAGGAACCUGCCUCCACAGUGCCACCAUCACCUCCCAAAAUCUUUUAUCUUUCCCAGCUGGAGCCAAGUUUCAUCCUCUAGACCUUGAGAAUGAAGGCCAGUCCCUUCUUCUUGCUACAUGGUGGGGUGGUUAGAACUCUCCUCAUUAACAGUGUUAUAUACAUAUAAAUAUAUAUAUAUAUCUAUAUCUUUAUAUCUAUUUUUCCCCAGCACUGUAGACAUGAGCUGAACUUCUCUUUAAUGAAACGAGAAAACGGCCGUUUUAUUUUUUGCCAUUGGUUUGUUUUCGGAACUAGCUCUGUGAAAGAAAAUUUUAAAAGCGCAAGAGUGUGUGUAAAAGAACCGAUUGAAAAAAAAUAACCCAACAAAUGAAUGAACAAAAGCCAGUGACGGAAAAAAAAAAAAAAGAAGCUUUUUAUUUUUUCUUUUCUCAAUGUAUUUAACUUCUGUUAUCUCGUUUCUGUUUCUUUACAUGUAUGAAUGCUCUGCUCUUCUGUGAUCUUAAAAAAAUACAAAAAAAUACAAAAAUUAAAUAAACGUGAAA